CGGUGCAUUGCAGACAUCAGCAUACCACUCAUUUUCAAAACCAUUGUGACGAUACCAACUGACAGCUGUAGGCAUUUUCAACGGACAAAAUGAGAGAAAUUGUACACCUUCAAGCCGGUCAGUGUGGAAACCAGAUUGGGGCUAAGUUCUGGGAGGUUAUCUCUGACGAGCACGGCAUCGACCCGACGGGAACCUACCAUGGCGACUCCGAUCUCCAGCUAGAGAGAAUCAACGUCUACUACAAUGAGGCUACAGGUGGCAAAUAUGUACCUCGUGCCGUCCUGGUCGAUCUGGAGCCCGGCACCAUGGAUUCCGUACGAUCCGGCCCAUUCGGUCAGAUCUUCAGACCCGAUAACUUUGUUUUCGGUCAGAGCGGAGCCGGUAACAACUGGGCCAAGGGCCAUUACACGGAAGGGGCCGAGCUGGUCGACUCCGUUCUCGAUGUGGUCCGCAAAGAGGCAGAGAGCUGUGACUGUCUGCAGGGCUUUCAGCUGACCCACUCUCUGGGUGGGGGUACCGGAUCUGGAAUGGGUACCCUUCUUAUCAGCAAGAUCCGUGAAGAGUACCCCGAUAGGGUCAUGAACACCUUCUCAGUUGUCCCUUCACCAAAGGUAUCGGACACAGUCGUGGAACCGUACAACGCCACCCUGUCUGUCCAUCAGCUGGUCGAGAACACAGACGAAUCCUUCUGUAUAGACAACGAGGCUCUCUACGACAUUUGCUUCCGAACCCUGAAGCUGACCACCCCAACAUACGGGGACUUGAACCAUCUGGUCUCCGCCACAAUGUCCGGUGUGACCACCUGUUUGCGAUUCCCCGGUCAACUCAACGCUGACCUCCGUAAACUGGCUGUCAACAUGGUACCCUUCCCGCGUCUCCACUUCUUCAUGCCCGGAUUUGCCCCACUUACUUCCCGGGGUAGUCAACAGUACAGAGCCCUGACCGUGCCAGAACUCACCCAACAGAUGUUUGAUGCCAAGAACAUGAUGGCCGCCUGCGAUCCCCGUCACGGCCGUUACCUGACCGUGGCUGCUAUGUUCCGUGGUCGUAUGUCUAUGAAAGAAGUGGACGAGCAGAUGUUGAAUGUACAGAACAAGAACAGCAGCUACUUUGUCGAAUGGAUCCCCAACAACGUCAAAACAGCUGUCUGUGACAUUCCUCCACGAGGCCUCAAGAUGUCCGCCACAUUUAUUGGCAACAGCACGGCUAUCCAAGAGCUGUUCAAGCGAAUCUCCGAGCAGUUCACGGCCAUGUUCCGUCGUAAGGCUUUCCUCCAUUGGUACACCGGCGAGGGUAUGGACGAGAUGGAGUUUACUGAGGCCGAGUCGAACAUGAACGACUUGGUGUCCGAGUACCAGCAAUACCAAGACGCCACGGCCGAGGAAGAGGGAGAGUUUGACGAGGAAGAAGCCGAAGAGGAUGCUUAAUUCGAACUCUUGUCU